UCACACUCACAUUCCAGGACGGAUACCUCGCUGCCGGAAGUGGGAAAGAGGAGCUAGAGCAGAUCAUAAUGGGUCUCGCGUAUAACGUCUACCUCACUUCCAAUAAGAUCUUUGGAUGCAGGCAGUGCAAGACGCACCUUGCGGAUUAUGACGAUAUCAUCAGCAGAAACUUCCGUGGCCAGCAUGGCAAAGCAUAUCUAUUCAACAACGUCGUCAACAUCACACAAUCCGAAGCGGUGGAGCGUAGCAUGACCACUGGGAGGCAUGUCGUUCGAGACAUCGCUUGCAGACAAUGCAGGGAAACGGUAGGGUGGAAGUAUGACAAGGCGUAUGAGACCAGCGAGAAGUACAAGGAGGGCAAAUUCAUCCUGGAAGAAGAACUUUUUGAGCAUUUCCAAUCGUGGCGUAAGGCAAAGGCGUUGAAUGGUGCACUAUGUUUUGCUUUGGCCGACUUUGAGAACCGGGUUUCACAGCACAUCAGUUUUGGCGUAUUCGAGGUCAUUCGGCUUGAAUCCAUACUCGACAUUCUGUACCCUUUGUGCUUCAAUUCAAGAGCCUGUGAAAUCUACAAUCUUUACAAGAUGACCACGGAAAACAAGAUGCGCGCGGUAGUGUUUCACAGCCCUUAUAAAGUGGCCGUUGAAGAACGACCAAUCCCCAAGAUCCAAGAUGCGGGGGAUAUUGUCGUUAAAGUAACAUACACUGCGCUUUGUGGAAGUGAUCUCCACACAUUUCGUGGUAUCGAACCCGCCGGUACGGGAUUUGUUAUGGGCCAUGAAGUUACGGGUGAGGCUGUUGAGGUCGGGAGUGGCGUCAAAUCCAUUCAGAAGGGCGAUAUGGUCGUGAGUGCUUUUACGACUUCUUGUGGCGAAUGUUUCUACUGCAAGCAAGGGUUUUCCUCUCGCUGUGAAAAGAGCGUGCUUUUCGGGUGUGAUCAUCUGGAUGGAGCACAGGCCGAAUACGUCCGCAUCCCAAAUGCAGACGGAACGGUGAUGAAAACCCCCGAAGGCGUCGAGGAAAAAUACCUCGUGCUCAUGGCAGACAUAUUCCCGACGGGCUACUUUGCGGCCAGCAAUGCCUUCAAGGGGUACACCCCGGAGCAAAUCUCCGAGCAGACAGUCGUACUAAUCGGCUGCGGACCGGUUGGGCUCUGCGCACUGAUCAAUGCGCUGGAGUUCAAGCCCAAGCAUCUCCUGGCUGUGGACUCUAUUCCGUCGAGACUUGAGCUGGCAAGAUCCCUUGGGGCUGAGCCUUGGAACUUCCAGCAAGACCGGGAAGGAUUGGACAAGCGGGUGAAAGAACUGACGAAUGGAAGGGGUGCAGACGCUGUGAUUGAAGUGGUUGGGUUGAGCCCGGCACUGAGGACUGGCUUUGAUCUGCUGCGUCCCUGGGGGACGAUUAGUAGCGUUGGAGUCCACAAUGGAGAAAUCCAUGGGCAGGAAACGAUGCAUAUGACAAAAACCUGA